AUGCCCAUUACGUUGCUAUGGGCGGUGGACGUGUACGGGAGAGUCUACAGUCUGUCCACGGCCAGCGGGUACUGGGUGCGGGCCGACGACACGCUCCUAGAACUCAAACGUGUAACCGGGGGCAAAGGUCGCAGCUGGGGCAUCGGUUGUGACCAUCAUGUGUACCUCUUUAUAAUACCCAGUGAGACCACCAUCCGCUACCGAGAAGAGACCUAUGAGAACCAGCGGUGGAAUCCCGUGGACGGUUUUACAGAUGUGCUGCUCCCCACCGACCGCUGGCCAUGGAGCGAUGUGACGGGGAUGAAUUCCCAGCCCCUUCACAGCUUCCAGCUGCCCUCCCUCAGCUGGGAGUGGGAGGGAGACUGGUAUGUGGAUCAGAGCUGUGGAGGAGAACCCAGUCAGACAGGGGGCUGGGAGUAUGCAGUGGACUUCCCUGCCAACUUCUCCCCAGACAAGAAGUGGAACUCGUGUGUUCGCCGCAGGCGAUGGAUCCGCUACAGGAGAUACGUAGCGCAGGGCACCUGGGCCAAGAUCCCUUUGGACCACCCCGGGAGACCCCCCCUGCCUCUCUGUGAUAUCAGCUGUGGUGGCUGGGAGAUGAGCGACCAGUCUGGGCGGUACCCCUACCUCUGGGGGGUGUCCCAACAAGGACAGGUGUGGUUCAGGGAAGGCAUCCACCCACGGGUGCCUGAGGGCUCCGGCUGGGAGGAGGUGGAAGUGCCCAAAGAGGUGGCCCAGAUCUCCGCUGGUCCUGGGGACCUCCUCUGGGUCCUGCUCUGGGAUGGAAACCUUCUGGUUCGCACGGGCCUCAGCUUGGACAGCCCGACGGGUACCUCCUGGGUAGAGGUGGAGUCUCCAGCGAAGGAGGUGGAGGCCCUUCAUGUUGCCGUGGGAGUCAAUGUGGUGUGGGUGGUCACCAAAGACUACAAGGUGUGGUUCCGGCGUGGCGUGAACUCCCAUAACCCGUGUGGCUCAGGCUGGAUCAGCGUCGGAGGAGAGAUGAUCAUGGUGGACAUUGGCCUUAAUGACCAGGUGUGGGCGGUUGGCGAGGACCGGGGUCUCUAUUUCAGAAUGGGCGUCACCUCGGCUCAGCCCAGUGGGAACGGCUGGAUCCCCGUCACUGCCCAGUGGGGCAGUCGUAAAGAGAUCGCUGCACCCAGAGAGCGUUGUGAAUUUGGCGGCCAUCUGACAGAGGCAUCCCAAGGAGCAGUUUUGAGUUGCACUGAUUCAGACUCAGAAUUAGGCCCGGUUGACCCGUCCGCCAACACUGAAACUCCGGCGCUGGAGGCAUCGGACCCCUCUUCCGUCCCUCCGGGGGCAGCCGGUGCACCCACCACCCCCCCUUUGGCAGGGGACGUGACUGAGACUACCAAAGAGGAAACCCCAAAACCCUUCAUCCCCACUAGUGACAGCUUUAUCACCAGCCUGGUCUCGGACCGGGAGAAAACCUCCACGCCCCAACCAUCUGCCACCGAGUUACCCCGGCUAGAGAGCGUGGAUGCCUCCUCAGCCCCCGUACUCCCCACACCAGAUGCAGUGGGUCACGAGGUCCCCUGGAGUAAUGUGGAUCUGGAGGGGGCAUCGGCGGCCAGGAGUGCGCAGGUGGCGGGGUCUUCAGCGGGUGACAGCAGGACGGCGGCCACCUACCCGCUGGGUCUGGAGCCCUCUCAGGCGGUCGGGGAGGAAGACAGCCCAGUCUGGGCCUGGAUCUCCGGUGGAGGCUGUGACGUUGAUGCAAACUCCCAGAUCAGCUGGCUUAGCCCCACAGGUCCUCUGACCAGCUCCCUGUCGCUGACUCCUGUCCAGUCAGCAGCCUGGAGCGAGCAGCAGCAGGAGGAGCGCCGAGAGGAGAUCAGCAAGAGGCCACUGGAGAGGAGCAACUCGGUGUGGUUGCGUCAGGACUCGCUGCGCUGGUGGAGAGACUGGAAGCCUCAGCGCUGGGUGGACGUGGGCGUCGCUCUGGAACAGUCCACCAACUCUGUGGGCAAGAAGGACUGCAUCUUCUUCAUCUAUUACACGCAGUACGACGAGAAGAAGUACCUCCACGUCUUCAUAAACGAGGUGACGGCGCUGGUUCCAGUCCUCGGAGACUGCCACUAUGCCUUCGCCGUGUACACGAUCCAACGGACCAGACAGAGGUGGCCUCUGAUCCUGGCAGCAAGAACCGAGAAGGACAUGAACGACUGGUUGUCCCUGCUGUGUGAGAGUUGCUGUGAGUGCCGGGGAAUUAAAGGACCCCCGUCCAGACAGGCGCUGUGGUCCACUACCUGUAAAGGAGACAUCAUGGUCCACGAGCCCUCCUUCUCGCUGGAGGCCACGGCGAACACGCUGUCCUCUGACCUCAUGUUCUGGCGGCAGGUCCCAGGCCACCUGCGCUGUGUAGAGUCUAGCAGUCUGGGAGUGGUGUGGGGCGUCGGGUGGGACGGCACUGCCUGGGUCUACAGCGGGCGCUAUGGGCAGCAGCCCACCCCGGGCGGCGUGACCCGGGUGCACACGCAGACAGACGUGCGGAGUGUGCACCUGUAUGAGAACCAGAGGUGGAACCCGGUGACUGGAUAUACAGACAAGGGUCUCCCUACAGACCGCCCGAUGUGGAGCGAUGAGAACGGGCUGAAGGAGUGCACGAAAGGCAACACACACCCGCCCUCCCCGCAGUGGUCCUGGGUGACAGAAUGGACUGUGGACUACAGUGUCCCUGGGGGGACAGACAAGGACGGCUGGCAGUAUGCUGCAGACUUCCCCGUGACGUUUCACGGCCAUAAAACGAUGAAAGACUUUGUGAGGCGCAGAAGAUGGACCAGGAAAUGUAAGGUCACGCUGACAGGUCCAUGGGAGCAGGUCCCGCCUAUCCCUCUGAGUGACAUCUCGGUGAUGCCGUGUCUGGCCCUGAGCAGGAUGGAGCAGGUCCCCGUCUGGGCCCUCAGCGACAAGGGAGACGUCCUGUGCCGGCUGGGGGUCAGCUCCCUAAAUCCUGCGGGCAGCUCGUGGCUCCAUGUAGGAACAGACCAGCCCUUCAAGUCCAUCUCCAUCGGUGGGGCCAACCAAGUUUGGGCCAUCGCCAAGGACGGAGCCGUGUACUACAGGGGGUCUGUAUCCCCCCAGAACCCUGCAGGAGAGUGCUGGUACCACAUCCCCUCUCCCCUGAGACAGACUCUCAGACAACUCUCUGUGGGGAGGACCUCUGUCUUUGCGGUGGAUGAGAACAGUAACCUGUGGUAUCGACAGGGCCUGACUCCAAGCUACCCCCAGGGCUCCGCCUGGGAGCUCAUCUCCAAUAACGUCACCAAGGUCUCCGUGGGACCCCUGGACCAGGUGUGGAUCGUAGCGGAUGGAGUUCCCGGCUUCCCCGGCGAGACCCCUGGAGUCAUCUGUCACAGGGUGGGAGUCGGGCCCAUGCAACCCAAGGGCCAGUCCUGGGACUACGGCAUAGGAGGAGGAUGGGAGCACAUCAGCGUGAGAGGGAACUCAACCGAGGCUCCCCGCCCGUCCCAUCCCGCUCCUGCCGCCAAUCUCCGCAGCCCCCUUCCGCCCAGACCCCCAACACAAGCAAAUGGGAACGCCGUGGGUGUGUAAAGGACCCUCACUUCCUGCCCGCCCCCCCCCCCAUUUUCCUGAUCUCUCUUUCUUACUCCCUCCGCCCUGAUUGUGCCUGGCUCUGUAUCCCUCUCCACCCCCUCUCCUCGAUGCCCUUAUCCCUUCCCGUCGAGGGAAUGCACAAUCACGCCACUGAGUUGAUAUAGUUUGGUCGGCUAUGCCCGCAGCACAUGACCGAUGAGUGAAUGUUUGCCCUCCGGUUUGCUUCCCUGGGUUGAAGCCGCGUCAAUGAGCGGCGAGAGGCACGGCUAGAGCGUUUCAGUACAAGCGACGAUGGACGGCGGAGUAGAAGUUUAAAAAGUAGUGCAAGCGCAUGUGUUUGCUCCUUUUAGCCUUCGGCUGGCGGGCGACUUCGGGAUCUAGCAAUAGGUUUUGUUCCAAGACGCAGACUUCUGUCAUAAACCUUCGAGGUGCGGGACCCGGGUAAAGGGCUUAAGCCUGGGCAAUGAAUGACGGCCUCAGCGUACCCGCUUUGACUGCAUCCUCUCAGAAACCUCUCCCCACGAACAAUAACAUGGCGUACAUGGACUGGAUUCGUAGGGUCGCCUUUGUUUUUGGUUGUUUUGGCGUGUUCGGUUUGUCUCGUCUAUCUCACGGCACAUCAGUUGUGAACUUAUUUAUCGCGCGUCUUCUUGUUUCCUGUCGGUUCUUUACAUUUUGAGCUGUCGUGUGUUUUUUGGCAACCGAGUGUUUUUCCUCUGCAGUCUUGCUUUGUGUCUACGUCUCGAGGACAAG